GAGAAACCGAGUUUAUAACCAGUCCAACUGACAAAACAGCACAACCUGAAUAGCUUGUGCCUUUUGCUUUGCUUUUACACUUGUUCAGAAUGCCACCAAAAGGGAAAGGUGGCAAGGGUGGCAAAGGUGCUGGUGCCUCAGGAGGCGGUGAGACAGAAAAGAAGGAGAAGACUCCAAAAGGAGGUACUGCUGUGAAGGUGCGACAUAUCUUAUGUGAAAAACAUGGCAAAAGUAUGGAGGCAAUGGAGAAACUGAAAGCAGGGAUUCGAUUCAGCGAGGUAGCAUCCCAGUACAGCGAAGACAAAGCCAGACAAGGAGGUGACCUGGGGUGGAUGACGAGGGGCUCAAUGGUGGGGCCCUUCCAGGACGCGGCGUUCGCCCUGCCCAUCAGCUCGAUGGACAAACCUGUGUACACAGAUCCUCCUGUCAAGACCAAAUUUGGUUACCACAUUAUCAUGGUAGAGGGCAAGAAGUGAGAACAGAAAGACUCUACAUCAGGACACCUGGACUGGGGGAAGAGGGUUGGACUGAAUCAUUCAUUUUGUGAGGGCAGAAAGACACUGCCGUUUUUCAUUUUCUUCGUAAACGUAUGUGCAACGUGUUUUUUUGGAACGGGAAGGCGGUGCUUUGGAAGGGAAACUUGUGAUUUCUGAAUUCUGAUGUACCAUUUACAUUUGGUUGGAUCUAUAUAGACAAUAAGAAAUAAAUGACACACAGUGUACAUGUUAAGAUUA